UAAAAAUACUAAAACUUUCCUCUACAUAUAUCAGAGAAGAAGCCCACUUUGAAGAUAAUGAACUUUACCUGAGCCUGGAGAUAAAAAGCUUCUGCUUCUGAACAGCAAGUGGAUAGAAAUAGAUCCUAUGGCUCCUUCAUCAUCAUCUGGUUUCUUUCCAGUUGUCUUUGGUAUUCUCUGUUUAAUGUUUAUAUCGUCACUGCUGUUGGCCAACUCUGCUAAGGUAAAAGGAACGCGAGUAGGAAAAAUUGAGCUUACAGACUCGGCUACGAUUAGAAGGAAUCUCCUGGAUAACGGCCUUGGUUUAACUCCCCAAAUGGGGUGGAAUAGUUGGAACCAUUUCCAUUGCGACAUUAAUGAGACAUUGAUCAAGGAAACCGCUGAUGCAAUGGUAUCGACUGGUCUAGCUGCUGUUGGAUACACCUAUAUCAAUUUAGAUGAUUGUUGGGGAGAACUUAAUAGAGAUUCUCAGGGGAAUUUGGUUCCUAAAGCUUCAACAUUUCCUUCAGGCAUCAAGGCUCUUGCGCGUUAUGUUCAUAGCAAAGGGCUUAAGCUUGGAAUUUACUCAGAUGCAGGGACUCAAACUUGUAGCAAGACCAUGCCUGGGUCCCUAGGACAUGAAGAACAAGAUGCAAAAACCUUUGCCUCAUGGGGAAUUGAUUACUUGAAAUAUGACAACUGUGCAAAUACUGGCGUAAGCCCAAAGCAAAGGUACCCGAAGAUGAGCAAAGCUUUACUCGACUCAGGGAGGCCCAUAUUCUUCUCUUUAUGUGAAUGGGGACAAGAAGAUCCAGCAACUUGGGCACCAAAUAUAGGAAACAGCUGGAGAACAACUGGAGAUAUUGAAGAUAAAUGGGAGAGCAUGACAUCCAUAGCAGAUCAAAACGACAAAUGGGCUUCCUAUGCUCAACCUGGAGCUUGGAAUGAUCCUGACAUGCUUGAAGUAGGAAACGGUGGCAUGACAACAGAAGAAUAUCGCUGCCAUUUCAGCAUAUGGGCAUUGGCAAAAGCUCCUUUGCUAAUUGGCUGCGAUGUUCGCUCUAUGGACAAUGUGACAUUUGAAUUGCUAAGCAACAAGGAGGUUAUUGCAGUCAAUCAAGAUAAACUAGGAGUCCAGGGUAAAAAAGUGAAGAAAGAUGGAGAUCUUGAGGUGUGGGCUGGCCCCUUGACUAACCAUAAGGUAGCUGUGGUCUUAUGGAACAGAGGAUCUUCCCUAGCAAACAUCACUGCUUAUUGGUCUGAUAUCGGCCUUAAACCAUCAACCAUUGUUGAUGCUCGAGACUUGUGGGCGAAUGAACAGCAUUCAACAGAGAGGUCGGCUCAAAAGCAAAUUUCAGCCGAGGUGGAUUCUCAUGCUUGUAAAAUGUAUACUCUGAAACCCCAUAAAAGAGUUCACCAUUGAUCAAAGUGACAUUUUGAUGGGGAAUGGAAUGAGAGCAGCAGCAGGAAUGUAGAGACUACGCAUGUGCUUAUGUAUUGUGAAUUUCUUCAUCAAGAAAGGAUUGAAUUUGCUUCAAGGAAAGGAUACAAACUUGCACCAGAAAAAUCUAAUUGAAUGAUGCAAUUUCAUAGAAAAAAAAAUGAAAUCCUUAUACAGAUUUUAUAUGAAUGGGAAUUAUUAUUAAGCAUGAA